AUGCGGCUCUUGCGCAUAGAACCUGAUGACGCAUUCAGCCUUGUCGAAUACUUUAAGAAAGACAUACCUCCGUACGCGAUCCUCUCGCACACCUGGGGCGCUGACAGCGAGGAAGUUACGUACAAGGACCUGGUUGAAGGCAAAGCGACGCUGAAAAUCGGGUAUAAGAAGCUGCAUUUUUGCGGCAAGCAGGCGUCGCUUGAUGGUAUGGAUCACUUCUGGGUCGAUUCUUGUUGCAUCGACAAGGCGAGCAGCGCGGAGCUGUCAGAGGCUAUAACCUCAAUGUUUCGAUGGUAUCGAGGUGCACAAUGGUUCACUCGCGGCUGGACUUUGCAGGAGUUGCUCGCACCCAUAUCUGUCGACUUCUUUUCUGCUGAUGGGAACAUGCUCGGUAACAAAGGAUCUCUUUCACAUCAGAUCAAUCUUGCUACCGGUAUACCCAUCGAGAUCUUUUGGAAGAAAAGGUCUUUCCUCUCAUACAGCGUUAGCGAGCGAAUGUCCUGGACAAAAGGCCGUCAAACCAAACGCGAAGAAGACACAGCUUAUUGUCUGUUUGGCAUGUUCGACGUCCAGUUGCCGGUCAUGUAUGGAGAAGGGGAGAAGAAGGCUCUUGUACGGCUGCAGAAGGCUAUCCACGAGAUAUCCAGUUACCCACCGCCACCACCACCUCCUCCUCCGCAGCUUCCCUAUGCGCAACUGCUUCCGCUACCUCCUCCACCACCUCCUCCUCCACCUCCGCAUCACCAGUAUCUUUCGGGUAUGGAGCCACCCACUGACGCUCAUCGGUCCCUCCGAGGACGAUCGAGCAGACUAUAG